AUGAGAGGCACUCGGAGCCAAAGUCCUUGGGGACUCUUAUACACACUUUUGACUCUACUUUCGUUUUUAUUCUUCAGCGAGGCGACUGAACAGCUUCCUUUGGGCCCACCUGCGGAUGCUACCCCCAAAAGGGUCGCGAUUAUCGGCGCUGGGGCCGGAAGGUCGUUUGCAGCAUAUGAACUUCGAAAGCUUGCGAAGUCAGCCAAAAUACCCUUGAAUAUCACGAUAUAUGAAAGAGAAUCCUAUAUAGGAGGCCGCUCGACGACAGUUGAUGCAUUUGACGACCCAGAAUACCCUACUGAACUCGGCGCUUCAAUAUUCGUCCAAGUAAAUGCCAACCUGGUGAACGCUUCGCGCGAGUUUGGACUCGGUGUUCAAAGUGCAUCAAAUGAUCGACCCGACGAAACGGAAGAAUCCCUGGGUAUUUGGGACGGAAAGGAUUUUGUCUUCACGGUCAAAAGUGGCUCUACUUGGUUGAAUCUUGGCCGGCUCAUUUGGCGGUAUGGGCUGGCUCCGCUGUGGACCCAAAACCUGAUGAAGAAGAUUGUGGGCAAGUUCCUGAAUCUUUAUGAAGAGCCCUUAUUCCCAUUCCGGUCCCUAACGGAGGCUGCUGCUGCCGUGAAUCUGCUCAAUGUGACGGCUGCUUCCGGGACGGAGUUCCUAAGUGCGAAUGGAAUCUCUUCUCGCUUUGCCCGUGAGAUUAUUCAGGCCAGUACACGUGUGAACUAUGGUCAGAAUCUGCCGUUGAUCCAUGGACUGGAGUCCAUGGUCUGCAUGGCUACCGAUGGUGCAGUUUCUAUUGAUGGCGGUAAUUGGCAGAUCUUUGAAGGAGCUGUAAAAGCUUCCAAAGCUAAUGUUCACUUGAACACGGCGGUUACAGAUAUUGUGCGUGGUGACGAUGGUUCAGUUCAUAUAACUUCCAAGUCAACCUUAGGCGUCGACGGAUCAGAAUCGAGUGAAACUGGGUUCGACGAAGUCAUUCUCGCUGGGCCUUUGCAAUACUCGGGAAUUUCUAUCUCGCCACCUCUUGAGCAUGUCCCCGACGAAGUUCCAUAUGUUAAGUUGCACGUCACCUUGCUCGCAUCGCCGCAUCGAAUCUCGCCUGCGUUCUUCAAUCGUCAUAGCUCGAAGGAGAUCCCAGAAAGCAUCCUCACUACGCUGCCUGAAGAUCUUGAUCUAGGCUCAAAUCCUCAUGGGGUUGGGCCAGCUGGGUUCUGGAGCAUUAGUACGCUGCGAACGGUGAUGCGGACCGUCGUCAAGAAGGGCCAGGAGCAGCAGGAGCAGCAUUACGUAUACAAAAUAUUCUCCCCAGAGCGACCGACAGCGGAGUUUGUUGCAGACAUUCUGGGACUUGACUGGUCGCACGACAAAGGCCCUGUUUCCACGCCUAAGGUUAAUACAUCUAUUGGAGACCUGCCCCAGAGUGAUAUCAGCUGGUUCCACGAAAAAUUCUGGCACCCCUACCCUCUGCUAUACCCCCGUGUGACCUUCGAGGAGAUUCGUUUGGCGCCUGGUGUCUGGUACACCAGCGGAAUCGAGAGCUUUAUCUCAACGAUGGAGACGAGUGCAUUAAUGGGCCGUAAUGUUGCAGCCCUCGUAGUCCAGUCAUGGCAGAAUCGGAAAGAUGAGAAGGGCGAUGAUCGUUCAAGAGAGAGAUCUGAGUUAUAA